GAGAACAGGCCAAAGAACUUUGGCAUUGGCCAGGACAUCCAGCCCAAGCGCGAUUUGACCCGCUUUGUGAAAUGGCCUCGUUACAUCCGCCUGCAGAGGCAGCGCUCCAUCCUCUACAAGCGUCUGAAGGUUCCCCCUGCAAUCAACCAGUUCACCCAGGCUCUGGACCGUCAGACCGCCACACAGUUGUUCAAGCUGGCCCACAAGUACAGGCCAGAGACCAAGCAGGAGAAGAAGCAGAGGCUGCUGGCCCGCGCUGAGCAGAAGGCUGCUGGGAAGGGAGACACCCCGACCAAGAGGCCCCCUGUCCUCCGUGCUGGUGUGAACACUGUCACCUCUCUGGUGGAGAGCAAGAAGGCCCAGCUCGUCAUGUGGAUCCAAUUGAGAUGAGAACACGGUCACCUC